CGCCUCCUCUGUUGCGCGUGACGUCACGACGCGCAGAGGAUUGUGGGGAUGUAAUGAGAAAUAGGAGAUCGUGGGAGUGAAGCUGAAGUGAGAUCUGAGUCCCACAGACACACGUUAUACUGACGCCUCUCACACUAAUAUUGUUCCUUCAUGUGAGAGACAAAUGUGUGGGGCCCGAGUGUGAGAGGCUCUGCUGCAGACUGCACUGGAUAUGGUGCUGCCACGCUGGGGUCCCUGUGGGAGUGUUUGGGGGGCUACAGGGCAGUUGUACAGGUGGAACACAAUUGGCACAAAGCUGUCUCUAUCCAUUGUCCCAGCCAGCGAGACAGCCAGCGAGAGAGAGAGACUGCUGGGGCUCACACUCACCAUCCUACAACUCUGCAUCCAGGGGCCACAUUGGAUUCUCUCCAAGAGGAACCUCACAGCCCCCCCCCCCGCCACAUCUGGAGCAGAGAGACCCCCCACGCACAGACAGACCUGCUUAGAAGAGACGGCAGAGAUGGGCACAAAGGGAAAGAGACAAUGAGAUUGUUCUGCAUGUGUUACAAGACUGCCUUGGACAAAGAGACCCCCUAUCAUGCUCAGGCCUAGGAGACAUCCUUGAAGCUGUAUGGAGAAGGGAGGUACAACAAGGGGAGAGACAGACCGUUAGGAGAGGGCGGACGUGGGAUCUCCUGGGAUGGAAACCAAGACAGCUGCUUAUAAGGGGAGACUGCGAGACACCGAAUGAAGAGACAGGACUCUUACACCAAGCUCACACUCUAAAGGUGCCCUUUGAAUUCUCUCAGAGAUCUGCCACCUCCAGUCAGUAUUACAGAAACCAUGCUGGCUUUCACCUUGUGCUUACUGCUGCACAUGGCAUGUUCACCCUCUUCUGCCUCCCUGGGCACCCUAGGGUUGCACAUCGAUGAGGAGCAGCCGGCUGGCACCAUCAUUGGGGACAUCAGCGCUGGGCUUCCUCCUGGAUCUAGUGGCUACAUGUUCUUUAUCUCUGCACAGGAGGGCAGUGGCGUCAGCACGGAUCUGGACAUAGAUGAACACACUGGCAUCAUCAAGACGGCACAGGUCCUAGACCGUGAGAAGCGCAACCACUAUAGUUUCAUUGCAGUCACGCCAGAAGGUAUCACUGUGGAGGUUGAUAUCCACGUGGAUGAUAUCAAUGACCAUUCUCCAAUGUUUAUAAAAGAGAGAAGUGAGCUAAGUAUCCCAGAGCACACCCCCUUGGGAACUCGGUACCCCAUUGAUCCAGCGAUGGACUCUGAUAGCGGGGUACUUAGCACUCAAGGCUACUUGAUCCGGAGUGGAGAUUCCAUGCAGAUGUUUCGGUUAGAAACCCGUAGAGUUUCCAAUGGGGUCCUGGAUGUUGAGCUUGUUGUCAGUUCAGAUAUAGAUCGUGAGAACCAGUCAAGAUAUUCGCUUAUUUUGGAGGCUUAUGAUGGAGGCUCACCUAGCCGCAGUUCCCAGAUGAGACUAGACAUUUCCAUUCUAGACAUCAAUGACCAUGCACCAGUCUUCAACCAGAGUCGCUAUCAUGCACUGAUUUCAGAAAGCCUCCUUCCAGGGGCCAGUGUCUUGCAAGUCUAUGCCACUGAUGCUGACCAAGGUCCCAACGGAGAAGUUACCUACGAGAUCAACCGCAGACAAAGUGACCCGGAAAGCUACUUUACAAUAAAUGCUCAAUCGGGCCUCAUCCAAAUCAACAAGCCAUUGGACUACGAGACAAGAAAAGUUCAUGAACUGGUGGUACAAGCCAAGGAUGGAGCAGAACAGCCAGAGGUUGGUACAGCCUUUGUGUCCAUUCAGGUACGAGACUCAAAUGACAACCAACCCAGUAUGACCAUUAUUUUUCUCAGUGAGGAUGGGGCCCCCCGAGUGUCCGAAGGAGCUACCCCAGGGCAAUUUGUGGCUCGUAUUUCUGUGUCGGACCCGGAUUAUGGAGAACACCCAGAUGUAGAUGUCACUCUGGAAGGAGGAGAAGGCAAGUUUGCCUUGACCACCAAAGACAGUAUCAUCUACCUCAUCUGCGUAGACAAACUGCUUGACCGAGAAGAGAGGGACUCUUACCGUCUGAGAGUUCUUGCAACUGAUGCAGGAACACCCCCUCUAAGGGCAGAGUCUUCAUUUGUAUUGGAAGUGACUGAUGUCAAUGAUAACCCUCCUGUAUUUGACCGCCAGGAGUACAGCCAUACUGUUCCAGAAGCUGUGCAUCCGGGCACCUUCCUCCUUCAAGUAACAGCCCGUGACAAAGACCAAGGGGCAAAUGGAGUAGUGAGGUAUAGUCUCUUGCCCACCCCAUGGUUCAGUAUCAACCCAGACACUGGGGUAAUAACAACUGCCGCACCCUUGGACUAUGAACAGGAACCCCAUCCAAAAAUUACUGUUGUAGCGUCAGAUCAGGGACAGCCAUCACUUAGCUCCACAGCCCUUGUGAGGAUCCAUCUACUUGAUGUCAAUGAUAAUGAGCCCGUCUUCUCCAGUCCAGUUUAUAAUGCCACCCUGAGUGAGGGCACAGCACGGGGCAGCUGCUUCCUACAGGUGUCGGCGUUGGAUUCAGACAGCAGGAGUUUGGGGUCAGUCUCUUACUCACUCAGCCCAACGUCCCCCCAUCAGUUUCGGGUGCACCCCGAUAAUGGCAAUAUCUGCACUACUGAGGCGCUGGACCGGGAUGAUGGGGAGCGAUCUUUCCUUCUGCACGUGACCGCUACUGAUGGGGGGGGUCUCUCUGCUGCGUGUCUCGUGCACGUUACCCUGGAAGACAUUAAUGACAACCCUCCAGUCUUUUAUCCUCUGGAUUAUGGGGGGAGUAUCAGUGUCCUCAGCCCCCCGGGAACCACAGUCCUGAGUGUCUCGGCUCAUGAUAAGGACGAGGGAACCCACGGCACCAUCACCUACAUCAUCACUUCUGGGAACAACCCACCUCUGUUCCACAUCCACCCCGACUCAGGCACUCUCUUGGUGGCACGCUCUCUCUCUGCUUGGGCCGGCUCUGUGGUUUAUGUGGAGGUGGGGGCUCAGGAUGGAGAAGGGGUAAGGGCUGAAGUUAAUGCCCGUGUCAAUAUCAGCAUCCUCCCUGGCACUGCCCCCGUGCCCACCUUCUUGCAGUCUCACUAUCAGAUCACUGUGGCCGAGGAUACCCCCCUAGGGGCAAGUAUUGGGAGCAUCACUGCAACUACCCCCACAGGUGUUCCGGGCCCGGUUCUAUACUCCAUCUCCUCGGGGGAUCCCCGCGGUUUCCUUGCACUGGACCCCCACUCUGGUCUCCUCUCUAUUAUCCGCCCUUUGGACAGGGAACAGGCUGCAAAUCUGGUUGUAGAGGUACAGGCUCGCAGUGGGGCCCCCCCAGCUUACACUCGAGCCCGUGUCACCAUAUACAUCACUGAUGUCAACGACAACCCCCCAGUGUUUCCUUCUCCAUUCCACACUCUACGGCUCCAGUCUCCCAUCUCUAUCGGCUCCAUUAUAUUCAGGGCUCAGGCCACAGACCCAGACACGGGGUCCAAUGGGCAGGUUUAUUAUGAACUGGACACUCAGGGGCCCUUCAGUAUAGACAGCUCUGGGCAGUUGCGUGUCACUGGCCAAUUGAGUCAGGAGCGCUAUGACAUCCGGUUGCUGGCCUUGGACAGAGGGUCCCCUCAACUCUCCUCGGUGAUGGAGCUCACAGUUUUGAUGAUAGAGCUGCAGAAAGAACCUGCUUGUGGGGCGUCUGAUUACCGAGUGGAGGUCAGAGAGGACAGCCCCCCACUCAGCCGUCUCUUGCAGGUGCGGGCACAACCCCCUGGGGUAGGGGAAGGACCGCUUAUCUAUCGCCUGAGGCCCGACGCUGAUUCUGUUGGCUUCAGUAUUGAGGCAGACACAGGCUGGAUUUAUGUGCGAGGAGCUCUGGAUCGAGAGAGCCGGGAGACCUAUGUAUUGGCUGUUUUGGCCUCAGCGGGGCCUGCCACUCACACUGCCACCUGCACCGUACGAGUCCGAGUCACAGAUGAGAAUGACAACAGCCCACGGCUGAGUGAGGAGAGGUUCUUCUUUAGCGUCAUGGAGAAUCGUCCAGCAGGGGAAACUGUUGGUAGAAUUAGUGCCACUGAUAGAGAUACCGGCCCCAACGGUCGAGUGUCUUACAGACUCCCACCCCUGGAAACUGGCUUCCAUAUCAACCCACACACAGGUGAGAUUUCAACCAGGAGGAUCUUGGACCGGGAGAUUCAGGCCACCUACCAGCUCCUGGUUAUUGCUCAGGAUGGGGGGGCACCCCCCAGAAGUGUCACUGGCACUGUACAUGUCACAGUGUUGGACGAAAAUGACAAUGCACCUAUGUUUCUGCACCCCAAUGCGGGGAGGGAAAUAUCCUUACAGGUGAUGGAGGGGAAGAAAUCGGGAAUGUUCAUUGCAUCCCUCCAAGCCAAGGACCCUGAUGAGGGGGAGAACGGGACAGUGAGAUACAGUGUGACAGGACCCUGGGCAGAGAGAUUCACUUUGGACCGGAACACGGGGGAAUUGAGGACAGCGGCUGGACUGAUACAAGCAGAUCGCUCCCUCUAUACUAUGACCUUAAGAGCCAGUGACUGUGGGGUCCCAAAAAGAAGCACAGAGACCACUCUUCAUAUACAGGUCAUUCCAUCCAGUCGUUACCCUUCAAAGUUGAACCCAAGUACCCUGGUUCUCUCUCCCAUGGAAGGACUGGCUCCUGGUUCCCUUUUAGGAUCCCUAGCUCCCAAAAUACCACAUGGCUCCCGAAUUUACACGUUGCUUGAUGACCCUCAUGGCAUUUUCAUGGUUGAUGGCCAGACUGGGAGCAUUUUCCUGGUGGGAGAGUUGGAUUUUGAAUCACAGCCCAGAUUCAGUUUUCGUGUGAGUGUCGAGGAGGUGCGUGAGGUGUCUGUAGGGUAUAUGCCUCCUCAUGUGGUCCAUAUUGAGGUGGAGGUGCAAGACCGGAAUGACCAUUCACCUAUAUUUCCUGAGGACCCCUUGACAUUAGUGGUACCAGAAGAUGCCCAGGUUGGAUCCUCUGUAUUCACAUUCCAAGCCUCUGACCAUGAUGGUCCAGGACCUAAUAGUCACGUGAGGUAUUCCCUACUGCGCCAAGAUCCAGGGUCCCCAGGUAGCACCUUCCGGCUGGAUGCAGAAACUGGGGUACUGUAUGUGGCACAAGCAUUGGACCGUGAGGAAGUGCCCUCAUAUCUCCUCGUGGUGGAGGCCUCAGACCAAGCAGUAAAUGUCAGCCAGCAACGUUCAACCUCUGUUACUGCCCGAGUAUUCAUCAGUGACCGCAAUGAUCACCCCCCACAAUUCAUAAAUCCAUCUCUGGUGUGGCUACCUGAAGACUUGCCUGUUGGAUCCACCGCAAUCUACGUGGUCUCACAGGACCCAGACCUGGGCGAUAAUGGCAAGGUUGGCUAUCAGCUUGUUGGAGGAAAUGAUGAGGGCAAGUUCCAGCUUCACCCAAGCUCAGGUGCCCUCUCUGUGGUCAGGACGCUCGAUCGAGAGACGACUAAAGGGUAUAAUCUGACGGUCCUGGCAAUGGACCAUGGCUCACUCCGUCUCUCCUCCACCCAGACACUUUCAGUUUCCCUUCUGGAUGUGAAUGAUGAGGCUCCAUCCUUUGAGAAGCCACAUUAUGAUGCUCAAGUGCAAGAAAACCAGGCUGCGGGCACAACUGUACUGAGACUGGUGGCCAUAGACAGGGAUGUGGGCCAGAGUGGACAUGUCACCUACGGAGGUGUAUCUGGGGAUGAAUUUGCACUUGAUCCAGAAACUGGGGUCCUCACCACCAAAGUACCACUAGACCGGGAGACCAAGGAGCUCUACAAACUGACAAUCUAUGCUCGGGAUGGAGGUUCCCCACCUCGAGUGUCUGAGGUUGGGGUGCAAGUUAGUGUGGGGGAUGAGAAUGACCAUACUCCUACAUUUGAGAAGGACCUUGUGUUCCUGGAGGUACCGGAGAAUCAGGAGCCAUUGGAACUCUGCACUUUGAGCGCUUGGGACCCUGAUGGAGGAGAUAAUGGGCACCUUGAGUACCGACUGAUUGAUGGUGAUUCCUCUGGGGACUUUACACUGGAUUCCACCACUGGGAAACUCUCCACAUCUCGCCCUUUGGACAGAGAAACGACAUCCAAGUACCACCUGGUGGUGUCUGUCUCUGAUGGAGGGAAUCCGCCACUCAGUGCUACCGCUAUGGUUAAUAUCAAUGUGCUGGACAUAAAUGACAACACCCCCACCUUCAGCUCAUCUGAAUUUAGUGCUGAGAUUCCAGAGGAGGCCCCAGUAGGCAGUCUGGUCCUGCACUUGUCCGCUCUUGAUCCCGAUGAUGGUCCUAACGGUCAGACCACAUAUCAUCUCUCAAAUGGGACACAGGGAGCUUUCCACAUUGAUCCUCUCACCGGCCGCAUCACCACUGCCUCCCAGUUGGACCGUGAGCGUAGGGCAACCUACACCUUUCUGGUAUGGGCCAUGGAUUCUGAUGCCACUGGGCAUCGGAGUACAGAGGCCACUGUAACGGUUCUUGUCAGAGAUGUGAAUGAUAAUGCCCCGGCCUUUCUGCGCAGUCCCUUCCAUCUCAACCUUUCUCGCAACACCCCCACCAAGAGAUCCAUCGGUGCCAUGAAAGCCGAAGAUAAAGAUGCCGGUGCCAAUGCCUCCAUUUUGUAUCGCUUGGCACCAGCCUCAGCUAAAGGAGGUUUCUCUGUUGACCCUUAUACUGGUGAGGUGAGGCUGCUUGAGCCACUGAAUGGGAUGAGCUCCAAAGAGCGCACUGUGUUUGUGCAGGCCACUGAUUUGGGGGAGCCUCCACUCUCUUCCACUGCUGUGCUGGUUGUCCACCUGCGUGAGGAGGCACCACAGGGGCCACGUUUCCCACAAGAGACCAUUGAAGUCAGUCUCCCUGAGAAUAGCCCAGAAGGAUCGGUGGUUGGGACUAUGACGGCCGCACACACUGGUGGAUCCACUGGGAGAAUCUCCUACAGCUUCCUUAGCGGGAACGAGAAUGGGGUGUUCCGUAUCCACGCAACUACAGGACAAGUGACAGUAGUGCAGGCAGCCAUGUUGGACUAUGAGCAGAACCCCCGCCAUAAGCUGGUUGUACAGGCCGAGACCCAGCAGCACUUCAGCUUUGCCUCCCUGACUGUCAGCCUGUUGGACCUGAAUGACAAUGCCCCCCGCUUCCAGCUGCCACACUACACGGCCUACAUCCAAGAGGCACAGGCCGACGGGAGUCACAUCAUACAGGUUUUGGCAGAAGAUCCAGACCAAGGACUGAAUGGUCAGGUGUUGUACUCUUUGGACCAAUCACAAGCAAUGGGAGAUCUGUUCCGCAUAGACUCCCAGACAGGCGCCAUCACCACUGCCGCCAUCUUGGACCGUGAGAUUUGGGCCCAGGCUCGCUUGGUUGUCAUAGCAACAGACCGUGGCUCCCCCCCUCUCAGCAGUUCCGCCAGUCUGACGGUGUUGGUGAUGGAUGUCAAUGAUAAUAGCCCCACCAUCCCUGUCCAGUUGCAACUCAGUGUCCCUGAAGAUGCUGUGAUUGGCUCAGAGAUUCUGCAGGUGACAGGCAAUGAUGUGGAUUCAGGCCCCACCCUGUCUUACACAUUGUUAGUGGAUGGGGCAAUGGAGGGGACAUUUACAAUCUUACGAUAUGGGGGUCAGAUCUGGUUAUCCCGACAGUUGGACUAUGAGGAUCGGAAAUCCUACACCCUGACGGUACAAACGUCCGAUGGCAAACACAUGACUCACACUGACCUCACACUCACACUGGAGGAUGUCAAUGACAACUCACCUGAGUUCAGCAAGAGCCUCUACCAGGUCUCCAUCUUGGAACACACUGGUGCUGGAACGUCACUUUUUACAAUUACAGCUACUGAUGAGGAUUCUGGGGACAAUGGAAGAGUCAGCUACAGAAUUUUGUCUCCUGUGGGUGGAGCCUUCCACAUUCACCCUGACAAUGGGACCAUAUUCACUAACAAGUUGGUGGAGCUGGAUCCACAAUCACCAUUGGUGGAUAUUUUGAUAGAGGCCCGUGACCAUGGCUUCCCAAGCCUCGCCUCCCUCACUACUGUGCAGUUUCUCAUUGUGGAUGCCAAUGACCAUGCCCCUACAUUCUCCCAAUUCCAGUACAGUGCAUCUGUGCCCGAGGAUCUCCCACUUGGUAGCACUGUCCUUAUCUUGGAAGUGACCGAUGAAGACUUCACUCAAGAGAACUCUGGCCUUGAUUAUACUAUUCUUAGUGGAAACACAGGUAAUGCCUUUCAGGUUCAGAGUGGAAUGCGAUUCUGGAAUGGACGCUUUCAGCAGAUUGCCUCUAUUAUUGUAACAGACUCUUUGGACUUUGAGGCCAUUUCCUUUUACAACCUGACACUUGGAGCCUCAGACAGAGGUGUUCCUCAGAGGAGUCACUCUGUGCCUGUGUUGAUCACUGUUCUUGAUGUAAAUGAUAAUCCUCCAGUUUUUCCUCAUCCUCUGUAUAGUGUCCUCCUAAGUGAGGAGGCUCCUGUAGGUUCUGAGGUGCUACGAGUGCUGGCCCAGGACUCUGACUCUGGUAACAAUGGUAUGGUUCACUACAGUAUCACUUCUGGAGAUGAGAAUCGACUCUUUCAGAUAAACGAGGCAACAGGAGCCAUACGACUGGCUCGCCAUCUGGACAGGGAGAGGCAGGCCCUACAUGCACUUGUGGUUUUGGCUCUUGAUGGUCAGGGGGGUCAAGCUAACUUUGCCCUUGUCCCAGUUACUAUUGAAGUGCGAGACAUAAAUGACAACAAGCCUUACUUCCCAGUGCAAAUUCUGACCACCAGCAUCCGGGAGAACCAACCAGCCAAUACUCCUCUCACUAAAAUUCAUGCUAUUGACUUGGACACUGGGGUGUAUGGGCAGCUCUUCUACACAAUGCUGGAUUUGGCAGUGGCGGGGUCAGGGAUGCUCACAGGGAAAGAUAUGUUCAUUGUAAACAGAACAUCAGGAGAGCUAAGGUCCAAACAAAGUUUUGAUUAUGAGCGCACAAAAGUUUUCAACAUGGUAGUAAAAGCUGUGGAUGCUGGUAAUUUCUCUGCCACGGUUACUGUUCAGGUUCUUGUGACUGGUGAAGAUGAAUAUAACCCAGUAUUCAUUUCCCCAUUCUUUAAUUUUGAAGUUCCUGAGGGAUCUGUUAAAGGAGAGAGCAUUGGCCAUGUGCAAGCUACGGAUGAGGAUGAAGGGGCUGAUGGAGUAGUUCUUUACUCUUUCUCUAAGACAUCCCCAUACUUUGGAAUUAAUGAGACCACAGGCCACAUUUAUUUGAAGACGGAUAGUCAGAGGCACCGCUCUGGACGUUCCAAACGAGAAACAAGGGAAAUGACCCUGGAAGUUCAUGCUCAUAGUCCACUCCCUUCUUCACGCGUGGCCACUGCUCAAGUAACAGUGGACGUUACACACACAUCCUUUGGUCUAGCACCUGACCUGAAUUUACUUCUUGUAGUGUCUGUGGCUUCAUCCUUGGCAGUGGUGGUAGUUCUAGCUGUAGUUGCCAUUGUUCUGGUGAUUUGCCGAUCUCGGGGCAUCAAUAAGAAACAGCAGCAGGAGGAGGAUGAUGCUCAGUUGGACACUUUGCAGAGAAGCACCUUGCAGAGGAUGGGUCAUGACAAGUCAGCGUUGUCCAGUGGGGAUCGAAUCUACCAUCAGGCCCUCCCUGGUUACACCCUGGAUUCAUCAGUAGGAAAUGCCUCUUACACUAGGGGUGGGUCACUGGAUCCCUCACACUCCAGUGGUCGUGGGUCUGCAGAAGCAGCUGAAGAUGAUGAAAUUCGGAUGAUCAACGAGUACCCAAGGGUUGCUAGCAUAACUUCCUCAAUGCAGGAACAUAUCUCAGCACGUGGUCCUGACUCUGGUAUCCAGCAGGAUGCAGAUCAGCUGUCUGAGAUCUCCUGUGAUCCUUCCAUGGACACUGAGCAGUGGUUUAAAAGCAAGAAGGGGUCCAGUCAGUCACAGCUCUAUAGGGAUGAUGGAGGUGGGGGCGGAGCAUUUGUGGGUAUGGGUUGUGGACUUAACAUGUCCCAUCUCAAGGACUACUCUUUCCCUGAAGAUGGCAAGCCCUCUGUGGAGGGCUCACUGACUGCUAUUGUGGCCAGUGAUGAAGAAUUACGUGGCAGCUAUAACUGGGAUUAUCUCCUAAACUGGUGUCCUCAAUUCCAACCAUUGGCCAGUGUGUUCAUGGAGAUUGCCCGACUCAAGGAUGAGUCAGCAUUACGAAGACCGUUCCAACUCAAACCCAAAUCUGUCCCUCAACCCCGCAUUGACCCACCUCCUCUUAUAACUUCUGUGGCUCACCCAGGCGCCAAGACGGUUCCUCCCAAGCCAGCUGUAGUCCGAGCAUUUCCAAACUUUUCAUCUUUGCGCCGCUCCCCUAUCAUUAAUGAAGCAUCACUCACUUCUUCUGCCAUACCCCCCAGCUUUUCUCCAUCACUCUCCCCACUUGCAGCACGUUCUCCUGUUGUAUCCCCCUUUGGCAUCUCCCAAGGACCCACAGCAUCUAUUCUUAGCACGGAACACAACCUUGACCCAGUAGGGGAUUCAGAGCUACAAAUAUAAUUGCUCUCAAUUUAAGAGAAGAAGAUGAGGAUUAAACAUCUCCAAGGAUGUCAGGAUGAGUGAAUUAUAUCACUUGUGUCCACAGACUGACAUUUUAACCAUCAGUCUCUUUGCCAAAUACAGACAUUUAAUGAAAGGGAAUGGAUCAUGCCCCAUUUACCCGAAGUCAAGACUGAUUACAGUGGGCUCCUCGUAUCAUAGAGUUUGAAAGGAGUCAAUCAUUUUGUUCCAACGUCCCCUCUGUUGACCAGGGGCAGGAAGCUGAGACCCGAGUUUCUGUGGUGCAUGAAAGUAGCUGCUGAUUUCUCCUCAUUUGAGCAGUGCUACUACCCUGAAAUAAAUGACUGACCAUAACCCCUGACCCUGCUUGGCAGCUGGAGACACAAGCCCAUCAUUCAACUGCUUACAACCUUAUUUUUAACACUUUAGGCAGGAUCUAGUCUCAGUACACGUCCAGGGAAGCAGACUACCGACCCUCAUGUGGAAUUUGAAUGUAUUCACAACUCUUAUUGAGGCAUGCAGAGGUGACCCAAAGUAGUCAAGGUGUAAUUUUAUAAAAGACAAUAUGCGACUUGAGCAGAAGAUAUAUCAAAGAGAAUGUGAGUAGUACAUGGGAACCCAGAAUGUUUUUAGCGAGAUAGCACUUAAAUAGGAUGGAAGUGGAACAUGUGGUAGGCUAAUGAUUAUGCAUGAGAAUAUGGAAUGAUGUGAGAUACAGAAGGAGCAGAUCAUAGUGAUAUAGUGUUGGGGAGCAGAGGCUUUCUCCUGCCUUCCUCUAGGGUUACUAACUAUAAAUGGAAAAUAAAUGGCAGCAGAAGAUAUUGCACACCAGCAUUACCAGGAGUAGUAAGCAAUAAAAUCCAAUGCACUUGGGCAAGAGCUUGUGUAUAUUUGUGUCUGAUGUCCAUACAUAUGUGUCUAGUCUCUGUAACAUAAUGCCACUGAGAGCCAAGCUCUCUCUUUCGGAGGAGGUUCAAUAGGGUUGACCACCCAGGGCCUUGGGCAUACUGGGUCCCUUCAGAACAGCAGUUGUAGGAAGGAAGAAUCCAGGAGGUCCUAAAGAAAUAGUGAGAUGGAAGGGCUGGAAUGGUCUCUUGUGACAGUAACAUAUUGACCAACCUGUUUUCUGUCAGACAGUUGAAGGCCCUAAUUCUUAAUAAAAAGACCUGUCAGACCUGACAUCUCAUUCAGCCUUUCUUCAUGUAAUCGUUGUGUCUCCAACUGUCCAGUAUGUUCUUUCUGCCCCGUUCCCCAGUUACGUUGCUUUAUUUAUUGACUGGCACCUUCUAUGCAGAAAGAUGUCUGUGUUAUUUGGCACAAAAAGAGCCAACCCUCAUGUCUGUGCCCAUGUGUGUGCCCUUUAAUGACCUACAGGAAUAAGAUUUACCCGCGGUUAUCCUCUAUUUAUCUGUAUAUGGGACAACAUAGGGCAUCAACAUGGCACAUUAGAAGGCAUCACCCGACUGUGCAACAAGCUGCAAACGAUCACUAAUUAGUCUUCUGGAAUGUUUGUAGGGGCCAUAACGAGCACCUCAUUAUGAAUAUGUUACCCAUAAAUAAAACUUGAUUUCUGGGGUAUAAAUUGCCCUUUGUUCCACCAUAGGACAUUCUAUUCUAUUGUGUAUUACACAAUGUCUGUAGGGCCUUUAUAGCCUAUUCCCUUAGUUUCAAUGUUACCAAGCAGUAUUACAAGGAGGCUUUGUAGUCCCCAAAGUAUCUUGUUCUUUGAGUGACUGUUCCCAAUAUCAUACCCCUUGUGUAUAAGUUACCUUGCAGUAUUACCAGAAGGCAGUAUAAUCCCUGUAGCAUCCCCCCACCUUGUGUAAAUGUUGCCCAGCAAUAGUUCAUGAAGGCUGUGUGGUCACUGUAGUAUCCCCCCUUAUGUACCUGUUACCCAGCAGUAUUACACCUGUACUGCCCCGUUGCCUAGCAACUGCCUCCUAUUGUGUAGCUCUUGCCCCAACAUAUUACAGGAUGUCUGUAUGGGCCCCAUAUCACACACCCCUUAUAGAAAUCUUAUCCCGCAGCAUUACAGCAAGGCUGUUUGAUCCCUCUAGUAACCCCCAGUAUUUACCUGUACCCUGAGUACUACACAGUUAUUUGAUGGUCCCCCUAGAACCCUCCUAUGUGUAAAUGUUCCCCGUCAGUAUUACACAUUCCGUGAACUCCACAACCUUAUUUAUUGUAUUCCACCAGAAGCAGCGGCUUUGUUUCAUUUCUUUCUGUAUUUUACAAGUAUCUAUGUUUGGGGGUGGGGGGGGUGAGGUUUAUAUCACAGGGUGAAUAUUAGGCACGGGGGCGGCACCGGAAUUUAGGCCCCGCCUCUCGUGCCGUCAUUUCACAAGUGCCAAGUUUUAUACAGAAUUGAUUUUAAUAAGUUUCAAUUUGUUUGUACAAAAAAUAAACGAAAUAAGAAACA